CCAACUCCUCACUUCAUAGUGCUGCGUACUAAAAACAUCGGACGCUAGGGGAUCAAGACGCAUGCCACAUUGCCUCUAUGUGGGCACUUUAACAGAUCUUUCGGGGGUUUUUUUCACAGUAAGGGGGCUGUGGAGGGAGGCCUUUUUUUUAAAUUUCCACUGUCUGAUGGCUGUUUGUACGGCUGAUUAUUGAGCUGAUUGUUGAUUAUUUUGGCCGCUGUUGUCCGACGCCCUGUGCGUUCUUUCCUCCCUUUUUGGAAUCGGCGACCUAUCGCGGGCUCACCAAUGUCCUAUCCUCAGGGUUACCUCUACCAGCCCCCAGGCUCUCUGGCUCUUUAUUCGUGUCCGGCUUACGGGGCAUCGGCUCUGGCUGCCCCGCGGAAUGAAGACUUGGCGAGGUCGUCCUCUGGCUCAGCCUUCAGCCCUUACCCUGGCUCGGCUGCUUUCUCCGCCUCGGCCGGCGCAGGCUUCUCCAGUCCGCUGUCAUACUCGGCGGAUCCAACUGCGGGAUUUCCAUCCUACAUGUCCUCUCCAUAUGACGCGCACACAACCGGCAUGGCUGGGGCAUUAAGUUACCACCCGUACGGUAGUCCGGGGUACCCCUACCAGCUCAACGACCCGGCUUACCGCAAGAAUGCCACCAGGGACGCCACGGCCACGCUGAAGGCCUGGCUGCAGGAGCACAGGAAGAACCCGUACCCGACCAAAGGGGAGAAGAUCAUGCUGGCCAUCAUCACCAAGAUGACCCUGACGCAGGUCUCCACAUGGUUCGCCAACGCCAGGAGGAGGCUCAAGAAGGAGAACAAGAUGACCUGGGCGCCCAGGAAUAAGAGCGAGGACGAGGACGAGGAGGACGGAGACGGGGAGAGGAAGGAGGUGGAGCGCUCCGAGAAAACCCUGGACAACAGCGAGGCUUCAGCGGAGGAUGAAGGUAUCAGCCUCCAUGUGGACACCCUGACGGACCACUCCUGCUCGGCGGAGUCUGACGGGGAGAAGGUGAGCUGCGUGGGCGAGCUGGGCUCCGACCAGGCCGGAGACAAAUGCGACGAGGACGGCGACGACCAGAACCGUGAGCAGCGGGCUCAGCUGUCACCCAAAGCCGUCACGUCGUCGCCUCUCACGGGAGUAGAAGCCCCGGUCCUCAGCCACCACCACCAUCACCACCACCACCACCAACACCUCCAUCACUUGCACCACCUGCACAGCCAGCGUGAGGAUUUGGCCCGGAGCCUCGUCAGCAGCAACAACCUGAGCACCAACAAAUCGCCCUCCUGCCUGGACAGCAGGCCUCAGAACCCUGCGGUCAAACCCAAACUGUGGUCUCUGGCGGAGAUUGCUACCUCGGACCAAAAGCAGCAACAUCAGCAACUGGGGCAACCGAAUUGCCCCUCCUCCAGCGGUGGACUCCUCACUCCCCCAACGCCAUCCACCACCUCUCCGGCUGCCAGCUCCCCCUCCCUGUACCCGGCCCCCUCCAUCCUUGGAAGACCUAUUUAUUACACGUCUCCCUUUUAUAGCAAUUACACAAACUAUGGCAACUUCAGCCCCCUGCAGGGUCAAGGGAUCCUGCGCUACACUAAUUCAUCCGGAGUGAGUCUGGCUGCAGCCGCCGCCGCCGCCGCUGCUGCUGCUGCUGCAAACGAGGGUCUGAGCUCGUCUCACCAGGCUGUGGAGGCCAGCACAAACCCCAAACACAGGCCAGACUCUCCGCUCGUUAAAAAUAACCCAAACCAGAUUGUUGUUGUCGAGCAGCAACAUUUCAGACCCGCGAAUUUAGAAUCAAAGAAAGGUACGUAAUGACGCGGUGCGUAUAAAAGUGUUAACAGUCAAACACGACGAUAGCUUCUGACAAACUUAUUUAAUCUAGCGUUGAAUCUUGGAAUUGUGUUUUAAUUUAAACACUGGAGGAGGGAAAUCGCUCCAUGGUGGAGGUGAAACGAGUCCACUUGUUUCCACUGCAAAUCAACUGGUUUUCUUUGUGUCACUUCCAUGUGGCUAAAUUAAGCCUCUGGUCCAGCGACCUUUGCAUAAGAAACAAGUGGCUUUAUCUGACACUGUUGGCAGAUUUUACCUUGUUUUAAGAGAAAUACGAUUUUAAGACUGAAUAUGAGACUAAAUGACUUAUUGAGGUGGACAUUUUUUACAGCACCGUCUGGGCAAAUGAACGCACACUAUGGCCUCUAAUUGGUUUUCACUGCAGUGGUUUUAGUAACUUUCUGGGUCGCGGGGGGAAAUCAGUUUAUAAGUGUCCAUUUUUUAAAAACUAUAUGCAUAUUUUUUGUGGUCUUUUUGGAUCUCGUGGGAUCACUAAGAAGCAGGCGACGGGAUUUUCAUUUGCAACAAGUUUGCCUUAGAGUGAAGCAGCGAGGAUGUAAGACGACGAGCCAACUGCAAAAUACACGAGAACAUGUACAGAUAGAAAUAAGAAUAUGAAGGGCAGGCCUCAAAAUCUGCCCACACACACACACACACACACACGCACACGCGUACACGCGCACCCACGCACCCACGCACACAGUGGCAGCCUGUGAAUCCAAUAAGCAGAGAAAUGUUGCCAUAGCUUUGAGCAGGAAUCCAAUUUUUACUGUUUCCUCUGUGUGUGUGUGUGUGUGUGUGUGUGUGUGUGUGUGUGUGCGCGUCUCUCAGACCUUAUCUUCUCCCAGCGUCGGAUAAUUCUAAUUACACAGGGUCAGCCAAAAGCAAACAAAUUAGUGAGUUUGCUCUGUGCAGCUCAUCGUGCAACUUCACAUCCUCAAACGUCACUUAUAGGUGGUUGGUGCGGUUACUUUCCUCUUGCGCACAUUUGAAGCUUUCCCUGCCUGCCGCCGGACAGCCUAAAGAUUUUUUCUUUUUUUUUUUUUUUUUUGUAGCAGCAGUGGGGAUUUUUAAUAAGCACCUGCAGCAGCACAGAGCUGUUGUUGUUGGUUAGAACCAGCCUGACAACCUUUGUGUUUCUGGGGCUGUGGAUGGAACUGACCAUUUGAUCGUGUGGGAUUGUUCUUUUUUUUUAUUUCCAUGCUCUGCAGGUAGGUGUCACAAUUGCUUUGAUUAUAAAACGAGAAAGGACACCACCUUUUUAGCCCCCCCCCCCACAACCUCUCACUCCAAAGUGGAUCUAGUGCCACCAUGAUGCAGAAUGAACGCUGCUACUGUCCUCAGACUGUCUCAUCAUUACUGUAUUGUUUCGGCUGGGUUUUUUUUUUCUUUUCUCUGGUGGGUCAUCAUCUCCAUGUGCUGGUUUGAAACCGAUCUCCCAUUAUAUGUGAUUUUACAUGUUAUUUCUCAGGUUCCUCUAGUUUUGCUUUUUUGCCACGGUAUAUUAUUUCAGUAUAUAUUUGCGUGUGGAAAACAAACAAACAAAAAAAUUGGCCUGGAAACCAUUUGUCUUGGGACGCAAAGUGGACCGAACUGAGCUGAAGAGAACUUGAGGACUUCAAAGUGGAAUAGCCUACAUUUGAUAUUUAUUUUUUUAAAUGAUGGCGAAACGAUGCCUAUAAUUUAUGCAAGUUGUAUUGCAACAAAUGGGAAAUUGACAUCGUCUGUUUGUUUUGUAAAUAUAUAUACAUAUAUAAAUAUAUAUAUUAUGGACGGUUUUUAUUUGAGACGCAUUUGGGGAAAAGCUACACAAUCUUGUUAUCAGGAUACUUUUACUAAUUUAUAUCUUUGAAUGUAAAUAAAAUAAAACGCGCUGGUAGAGAUGCUGGCGGGGGUAUUAUAUCCAUUAUUCAAAUGAGAAAAUAUUAAACUGUUUUCCCAACUAUUACAUAAAUCUUGGGGAGUCAUUCUUUUAUUCAGAACAGACUUGUAUUUAACACUCAGGCGGGAUUAUUUUUUUUAUGUUUUGUAUUUAUUUUUUUAAAUUCUCUCUGCUCGUGCUUUUAUUUUGUCAGUCAAACGCAGAUGGGAAAUGCUUGAUGAAUCUCACGUUGCAUAAACAUUAUGAGUUUUCACAGAUUGCACGAUCCAUUCUUUCUAAAUGGACAAUCACUUUCUUUUAGGGCCUCAUUCUGCUCAGGGAAUCUCUCUUCGGUCACAUAUUCACGACCUUGAUAGGGAUAAACGACAUACUUAUUUCAUUUUUCUCCCCCCUUUCCCCCACAUCUCUCCCCUCCGUCGCACAUUUAUUUUUCAAUGUGAUUAAUACAGCCGUGGGACGCAUUGGGCAUUAUGGGCUCCCAGCGGGGCCGUCCCUGGAGCUUUUUUCUUCCCCUGCCUGGUUCAGGAUGGGUCAGCACUGCCUGCUUCAUUACGGCACGGCAUUGAGCAAUCCAUAAAAGUCUAUCUAAGCAUCUGCCAGCUCCAAUGGGCUGUGUGAUGGGCCCUAAUCGGACAGGCUUUCCUCUGCUUUUCAUCAUGGCUUGGUUAUUAUAGGACACAGCUAAUUAAACAAUUUAGAGGGGUGAAAGGGGGGGGAAAAAGCAAAAAUCUAAAAUUAUUAUUUUUAUUAUACAUUUUAAUCAUGAUUUUUACUUUAGGUUUUCAUUUUAUUCUGUCAUUUUAUUCCAUUUUCUGAUUUUAUACAUGGAUUCCAACAUUGUGUCCCUCCCAGCUGUGGCCCAGAGUGUGAAAUACUCCAGAUCAACUACAGAAUAAUAUUCCCCCUCCUCCUAGAAGAGGCCUCCAUCAUCGCUCCCAGCCAGACUAAAAGCUAAUCCUUCAAUUUCCAGUUGAAUUUGAGCUCGAGUGUUGUCCAAAUGUCAUGGGACCCCCACCCCACCCCAACCCAAGGACGUAAUGUUUAGCUGCCACCAGGGAGGCAGUGGAGGGUAAACCCACCUAAACUCAGCUAACCCACCCCUUUUUUUGGCUGACUUAAGUCUUUUUGACAUAAAUUCCUGGCGUACUUUGCAGUGAAUAGUGUCACACUGCCAAGGAGGGUGUCAAAGCAUCUUUUGGUUUAAAGAAAAAAACAUUUUGUGAUGAGUUCCUUUGAAAGUGAUUUCUGUUUAAAUUCAGCAUUGCUCGCCUUUAGAUCAUCAUGCCUUGGAUUGAUAUAGCCAUUUUUUUUCUCUCUCUCUUUUUUUUUUUUACCUCCCUUAUUAUCAUUUCCCUACACCUCACUGGCAGCCACCUAUAUGGAAGUCAUGGACGUUAUAGCCCCUGGCCAGCUUCUUCUUCCUCAGUCCAAACGCUUUCAUUAGGAGCUGAUUUAUUGAAAUGCAUGCUUUAUUCUCAGGUGGGCUCCCCCAGGGACUCGGCAGUGUUGUCAAAUAGCACCAGAGGCAGUCUCCACAGCACACUGGGGCCCUGCUGCCUCUCACUCGCUCUCUCUUUCCCUCACCUGCUGCUGCUCCCUUCAAAUGUCAACAUUUGUUCUCAAUAAAGAGAGUUAUUGUUUCCGUUAAAAGAAGAAAAAAAAAAUUGCUCGGCAACCGGUCACCUUUGAACACAUGAAAAGAAACUUCCACCCCACCUCUUUGUUUGAUUGAGAGCAACGGCAGGUGAAAAUGGGAACAAGGCGGCCAUUGCACAUGAUAAAAAUCAAGCUGUGAAGCCCGUUAUGAAACCAUUGAGAAUUUAUGCCACAAUUAGUCACAAUUGUGCAGAGGAAUUUCCAUCCCUUUUGAAGAACCUGCUCUUUGGCUCACAUUCAUUAAACCAUUAGUAGAAGAAACCAGGGUGCCCUUGACACAGGCCAGAUAUUGAUCCUCAACGGCAAAACACACAAUUUACUGUACUGCCAAAACAACUAAGCCCAUGUUUCAGUGUGAGGGAACAAUUUAAACUUAUCAAGAUAUUAUUUAAUUCCACACAGUGCAUAUCAAAUACAGACAUAAUCCUAUCAUACCAACGAGGGUGUGUUCACACUAAGGACUAGUUGUCAUUGAAAACUAAAUUGAUGGUAUCGCAGGGCUCAUAGGCUUCAUGUGAACGCAGUCUGGAGAGCAAGUGGACUCAUUCCCCUUAUCGCUGAUCAAAUAAGCAGCUCGUAUAUGCAGAUAAUUCAUGAGCUCUUUGUAUCCUUUAUCCUCCCAUCAACCCUUUCUCCUCCAAAAUGCUUCAGACAUUAAUCUCUGAUGCACACCUGCUCAAGCUAAAGUUUUAUUGCAGCCAUAGAGGGUUUAUUAGGUUUCACAAACAGCAAGAGUUGGUUUGAUGGGAUUUUAAGUAAGACUAGUAGGGAUUUGAUGAAGUAGCUACAGACGCUAAAAAAAAAUGUCACUAAACUUGCAUUUCAUUUGACAGUUUGUGUGAGUUCCACUUCCACUUCAUUUUUUCUUUAAUCUAGGCAGUUAUACAGCUACGUUUCUCAUCAGUAAUACAAAUCAAUUCAAAGAUGUAAACUUAGAAUUGAUAGACUUCAGCAACAGUUUCAGUUAUUUUCCUGCAGCCUGUAUUACAUAAAGUGAGAAAACCGACAUAAAAAAGGAUCAUUACCCUGUGAUUGAACCUUCCGUUAAUUCUACCCUUUCUGAUGCUCUCAUACCUUUUCAUGGCAAACCCACCCAUUAAGACCCGACCAUAAAUACUACUGAUGUUCAGACUUAGCCAUAAGUAGUACUAAUAUUCAGGGGAGACGCAGAGACCAAAGAGAGUGGCGUACAAAUCAGGUACAGUUGUGUUUAAUAACACACAUCAAAGUGGACGAGGGGCUUUAAAAAUGAGUCCGGGGUCCUGUCCUCUCGUAAAGGUGUCAGGUGAAAUGUUCACUACUCUGGAUGAUCAAGGGGAGUGAGGGUGUGCAGGAGUGACACACACACACACACACACACACACACACACACAUAAAACACAUGUACAACUCCCUACACUACCGCACACACACACACACACACACACCUUCUCUCAGACUGAGAGACGCUAAUGCUUGUCCACACGACAGUCUAAACAAGAUCAUUAGGAGCCCUGACUUCCACUCCUAAUUGACAGUUAUGUUUAAUGCCUGUGGUGAAUAAACACUUUGGGCUAGUGGACUGCACCUUUGGGCUGUCAGGCAAAAAAAACAAAACUGGCAGACGGCUGUGAAAACUCCCAUAAAGGUGAAUCUAAAAGCUGAGGUGUACGAUGCAAACAAACCAAUUUAUGGAACUAACAAAUACUUGAAAGACAUGAAAUAAAUAUCUCCUGUCGUGAAAUUCUAUUGACAGCUCUUACACUCUCUAUUUGACAAGAUUAGAAUACAGCAGCUUCAAACUCAGACAAUGUGCACUUUACACGUCCGUGCAAAGACACGUGCACGUGCAUAGUGUUGGGACCACGUUAAAAGUAAGAUACCGAGUGAGUGACAGAGCGGUGACAUGGGCCAUAAGUUAAGAACGGCAGAAGGAUGCUGCUGUUACAUAAGCGUUACCGCUGCCCCUCUUUCUCUCAGUCACAUUGGAUCACAUAAAUAUGCUCCGCAGUCAUAUGUUGCACAUGACACACACAGACAUGCAAAUCUGGAAGGAGUCACUGAAGGAAUGAACACGACUUUCACAGAUAGGUUCAAGUAGAAAACUGAGCAUCUAUGCAUAGAUAUUGAUUAAAAAAAAAAAAGUCAAGAUUGUGUCCAUUGCAGCUCAUCAAGAUCAUUAGAGUUGUGUUUAGGUGCACAUUUCUGCCAAGGAUCAUGAGAUUUGAGUGACAUCCUGCAGCAGUAAAUAGACUAGAUUUAGAACAGAUUUUUCGCUAUAUAUAAUGUAUAUUCAGUGCAUGAAGAGAAUUGAACAGAAGAAAGAAUCUUUACAUAACCCAUCUUUGCAGCACUUUUGCAUAUGAUAUGUAAAUGCCUUUCUCUGAUGGGAUUUAAUUACAACAUAUUGUUAAAUUUCACUGGGGCCUUGUUAGGAGUGUUUGUUUGAAUGUGUGUGAAGGUGUUUCCAUGUGUUCUGUGUCUCCAUAGCUUGCGACUGCUUCUUUACAAACUGUGAUAUGCAUUUAUAUUUAACACUCCGUUAAACCUUCAUCCUGAAUUGCAAACUGUCAGCUUUUAAGACCAGCGAGUCCAACAAGUGGAUGAGGCAAACAUGAGAAAACGUGCUUUUUUUUCUUCUUUUUCUCCUCCUGUCUGUCUGGAGUGUUUUAUAAAUGAGCUCAACAUGUCUGCACUGAACCUUUUUCUUCCCAUCACGUAUUCUGCGAGACAUAUCAGGGAAGCGAUUCAUGUUAAAUAGUAUCUGUCAGACUUGUCGGCUAAUUAAAUGAAGCUUUGCUUUAAGCAUA